AUGUCAGACCCCAUCGAACUUCGGCCCAUAGGCAAAUCAGCUCCUCCUCCCCCUCCACCACCUCGACAUCCAGCUACCUCAUCACUCGGCGAUGCUCUGCCCGGCUCGCUGGGCAGGGCCUAUCGUUCUGCCGAGGAGAAAGCCAAGGCAGCUGUACAUCUUCAGGAAGGUGGGAUGGAUGCGAUAAGCAUUUGGGGAUUGGGUUUGGCAAGUUGGUUCUCAAUCCUCGCCAUUCCCUUGUUACUAUUCCCCCGUAUCCUCCUAUUCUUCUCUCAAACCCCUCCUCCUCCCACCUCAGCAUUCUCAACAUCAAACAGAGAAGAUCAUUACGAUUCCUUAUCAAGCCUCGAAUCGACAUUAUGUCUAUCAAUCUCGUUGGGUUUAUUCGCCAUAUCACUCAUAUCGAUAUUCGCCCUAGUGCCCACAUAUGACCCACCUUCUAUCAACCCCACCCGUAAACCCAUAUUGGGUAUAUUAGUGGGAUUGACAACUCUAGCAGGGUUUCUGCUAUGGAAUAUGAGUGGGUUGGUAUUGGGAGGUGGGAAUUUAAUAGUGGCCAUAUGGGGUUGGUGGGUCAUCGUUUUUGGGAAUAGUAAGAAUAAAUUGAGUAAAGUCGGGAAUGGUGAGAAGAAAAAUAAGAAGGAUGGGAAAGUACAUGAGAGAUUCAAGAGGCUUUAG